AUGGGAUCUUCGCAGUCCACAAAGUCCGCCGAGGCAUCGGAGGAACAAAGAAUCAAAUGUGGGAGUGUAAGCGAUGACACAAAGCCAGCUCUCAGUACGUCGGGCAGCGCCGACGAAGAAACAGGUUUUACAAAUUUUGUCUCAUCUGAAGGAACUUCGGAAGAAUAUGAAACAAGGAUUUCUCCGCAAAAGCUGACUUGGAGUGACCAACAGCACUCGCGACAUUCUGCCAUACUCAUUUUUGACCUCGAUGACACGCUCAUUCCAACGGAAUGGAUAAGAUCAACUUUCGCGGCAGAGAAACAUAAGUAUGCAACGAAUGAAGAAGUAUACCAAGCAAUAAAGGAAGAACUGGAGCGUCUCACAUCGAACAAGCUAACGCCCAGCAUCCUAGGCACCUUGAAGCGAGCCAAAAAGUGGAGCGAGACGGUCGUUAUCGUAACGAAUGCAAGGAGCGUCAGGUGGCUGUCAGCAAUGAAAUCCCUCUUUCCAGAGGUUGUGCAGCUCCUCCAUGACGAGAACAUUCCUAUCAUUCGCUCUUGUCCAACUGGAGAGGAGCCAAGCAUCCACGAGGCACCGGCUUACUUUAGUUAUUGGAUGAAUGCCAAGAAAACGAAAUUCUUGGAGGUCAUUCGCCAGCACUUCCAAGUCAACUGUAUCUCGCCAAGGAGAACAGUAGAUCUGAUCUCCAUAGGAGACAACGACUUUGAAGAAUACGCAGCGUUGCGCGCCGCCCAUGAACUACCCACUGUGAGACUUGCAAAAGUAGUCAAGUGCCGGUCGGGGCUAGAACCUCAAUCCUUCUUGCACCGGGAGAAGGAAAACUCAGUGACGCCCAUCUGUCACAAAUCGCAAAUGGAAUUUGGAGAGGCUCGCCCAGUGGCGCUGCCGACGCCGAUAUUUCUCCCUUCGCUGGGUGUUACCCACCUAGGGAGUUUUCGUUUGGCCUUCCGAUGA